CGUGUCUCUGUCAUGGCAGCCGCAUGCAGUCGCUCUUCCAGGCAGGUCGCAGCAGUCGGGAGAAAGUGCCUUUCUUCCCUGUCCCCGGACUGGUGAAAUGAUUUGACAGAUGUAUUUAAAGAGACCUGCAACUGGUCUCGCCUUCUGUUUGGUCUACUUGUCUUCUUAUUUUACCAACAAGGUGAGGCUGAGAGAGCUCUGCUGGUUUAAACUGCCCUUUAUUUCGACUUUAAAAAUUUUCACAGGGUCGCAAGUUUUGGCUGGUCUGCUAGUUUUUAUACCUCGGGAAAUCGAACACACUGUUUGCCUUUUCUCUCCAGCAUCGGUGAGCUUGUGUUUCUCUGCGAGUCAAUGAACAGCUGCUCAUUGAUUUUCAGUUUCUUUCGAGAACUGACUUUUCUCCUCGCAGCGACUUGCAGUUACCGGAAUCGACUUUCCUUUAGCCCGCUCUUAAACCCCACAUGGGGCGGGGGGAGGACGGAAGGGUCCUCACAUUUAUCCCUGGAAAGCAAGAGGUUAAUGAAUAAACUAAAUUAAUGGCUUUAUAUAGUUGCCUUAAGUGAAGGAUAAAGUAGAAGUACUUCUAGGGCUGUGUGAGAACUCUUAACAAAACUCAAAACAAUUAAAAAUCAGGCACAAAAGGUUAUAUGGGGUUAUCACAUCCCAUUCAACCUUAAAGUACUGUAUAUACAUACAAACAAUAAAACAUGCUCUCAAGCGAUAAGAAAAUUGUGGCAGUUUUAUUUGUAUUAUCAUUUGAAAGCACAAUGUUUUUUGAUAGUUUGUAUACACUGCAAGUCUUCAAUAGGACUUUUUAAAUAGGACGUUUAGGACUCUGGGUUUCAACUAUUAAGAAAGAAUUUACGGAUUUCUUCCAUUUAAAUGUGUUGGCUUUGCCACCCUGAAGUUAGGAGAAAGAAAAAAAACUAGACACAUUUACUUGGGAGCAAGUCUCAAUGAGGUACUUCAAUACAAGCUUCAGACAAUUUUGUUCCCUCCUCUGUGACAAGUGAGAUGUGUAACCUUUCCAGGAUCUACAGCUACUUCCAGACCUAAUCUGUUGCUGCAAAAUCAAUAAAAGUCUUUGCAGUUCCUUAAAGACUAAGGCUGCAAUCCAAACCCUACUUACAUUGGAGUAAGCCCCAUUGAAUUUAGUAGGACAUACUUCUGAGUAGACAUGUUUAGGAUUGUUCUGUAUUAACUUUUGUGGACUAGAUCUGACAAAGUGAACUGUAGUUCAACAAAGUUUGUUUGGAACACAAAAGCCUGACAGAACAUGUCUUCCUGCCUGCCCCCCAUCUGCUUGUGCCAUGAGAUCUUUAAUAGAGACCCUCUCCUUGAGCACCUUCCUUCAUGGAGAUGUGUUUUGUAUGCACCAUGGAGAUGUGUUUUGUAUGCGAUACCAUAUAUUUGGAUCUGAGAGGUACCUGGCACUGACCGCCUUUUGUGCCAAGUUAAAACAUUUCUCAGGUAUUUAAAAAAGUUAUAUUGCCUUAAUCUGCUUUUAGUUUGUGUAGUCUUGUUUUGCCCCAUAGUCUAUAAAUUGUUUGACAAAUGUGUUAUUGCAUCUGUAGCUUUAAUUAAUUCUCAUAUUUAUUGCAUUCCGUUCUGGAAUCCACUGAAGGACAGCUUAGAAACAGUUUACAUAAAUAAAAUAAAUUAGGCCAUCUUGUAUUUGUUAGUCUUUAAGGUGCUACAAGUCUUUUUAGCAUCUUUCUAGCAUCUGUUACCUUUAAAACAGAAAAGACUGGAGUCUUGCAACAUCCUUUAAAAAAAUCAGAUUAUAGGAACACAGGGAUGGAUGAGAAGCAACAGGCUGUGGUAUUUUCAAGGCAGAAAGCAAAUGAACAACAAAGUUCAAGGGGGAAAGUAUGUAAGAAUAGCAUGUAAUUUAAUCAACCAAAUUAAAUUACUUGGAGUGUGUGUGUGUGUGUGUGUGUGUACUGUGUAUAUAUAUAUAUAUAUAUAUAUAUAUAUAUAUAUAUAUAUGUUGCUUUGGUUUGGUUUAUGGUUAAGGCAGAACCAGCAAAGGUCAUGAGAAUCCUAUGCAACAGGUAGCUUCUAAGACUUUACUUUAAAUCUUCUUCAGCUUACAACGUCUGCUUGCAACUCCUGUGUUUGAAUUACGGAAAAAAAUGUACAUCUGAUAAGCCAAUGAGUUUGGUAGAUUCUCUUACUUGAAGUGGUCACUUAGUUAAUUCAAAUUGCACUCAUUAAUAAGUGAGUUCUGUCCCAAGUAGCCUAUUCAGGUCAGGGCUAGCUAUGACUUGUUUCUUUUUAUUUUUAUGGCUGGGUUCUGUUUCAUUGCCUGAUCCAUUGCAUCUAUUGAUUUCUGUUAAAAUUACUUGAAAAGUAAGUGUGUGUGUGUGUCUGUGUGUGUGUGUUUAUGUACUAUCCCCUAACUUGGUGUUUUGUCUUCCAGUAUGUUCUGUCUGUCCUGAAAUUCACCUACCCUACUCUUUUUCAAGGGUAAGUAUUUCAAAAGUGCAUUAAAAAUGACAGAAUAAGUAGGUAGCUAUACCAGACAGAGGCUAAUGUUGGUGUCUCAUACAAUUGUUGUAUAUCAUCUGGGAAACUCCUAUAUGUUUUAUUGUUACAACAUGUUAUUCACUUGUCCUAAUUCUUAGCUCUCUGCUUCUGUGUCAAAAACUGCUAUUUUUUCACCAGCCCCUCCCUGUAGCUGAGGGGGAAGGAAUGUGCUAUUUUCCAAAUUUUGAUAACUUUCACUCCCCAUUUCAAAUGUUCAAGGGCUUCAAAUAUGUCAAAUCCUAUGGUCAGCCUACUUCCCACAAAACAGCAGAGGAAGGCUGUACAAAGGCAGUUUAACCAAAAUCACAAGGCUGAUGGCAGAGUGCUCAAACUGUUCUGAGGGAGAGAUUUGAUUGGUGGUUUAAAAUUGGCAGCUAUGGAGGGAAAGGGGGGGCCAAGACCAAGAUGGUGGGAAAGAGAGUUCUUAUUUUCACAGUGGCUUCUGAAAGGCUCUGUCAAGUUACAACAGUUCUUAAGAUUCUGUGUGACAAACCCAGACAAAACAAAUGUAAGCUGAUGAUUAUUUGAGUGAGGAUUAUCUAAUUAUGCAUGAGGUAAAAAAGUGAAUAGAGAGAAAUGUAUCUCCAGUAAGACUAGAAAAUGGGAUCAUUCAGUUAAACUGAUGGGCAGUAGAGUAGAUUGACCACGUUGUGGGGGGGAACUGACAUAAUGCCCUCCAGAUGUUGUUGGACAACAACUCCCAUUAUGACUAUUGCCCAGCUCAUGCUGCUUGGGCCGUAUGGAAGUUGGAGCCCAACAACAUCUGGAGGGCAUGAUAUUGACGACCCCUGCUGAAGUGGCUUGCUUUGGGCCAACCAACAAGUUCAUAGCAGGACUCAUAGCUUAUACUGCUUACCUGUCACUAAUUCAUAUAAUAUUCAUAUAUAUAUAUAUAUAUAUAUAUGCAUCCCAAUCAAUAUUUGCAUUGCAUAUGUUGGAUAUACAAACUAGCUUCAGUGUCACUUCUGCAAAUGGCCUUAGAGAAGGAGAAGUUGGCUUAAGCUCUGUUCCUUGUGGCCUCACAACAGGUGGAAUCUUUGAUUUCAGAAUUUAGCAGUGUAAAAGCUUUGUGUUUUUUCUCCACUUAAGCAGCUGAUGCUUUAACUACAGGCACGGGUGCAUCUACUGGCUCUGCAGCAGCCCAAGUUGCCUGUUAGGAAUAUAAUUUGUUGUUUUGUUCCAUCAUCAUAAUUUUAUUUUGUUGCCCUUUAUACUGCCAGUCCAAUGACUGAAGGCAGCAUAUGAUCAGACUCUGUCACUCAUGGAAGAAGCCUCCACUGUGAGUAAUAAUUGACUUGGGUUAAUUGUUUAGAAACAGAACAUUGUAUGUGUUUCAAUUUCAGCUGGCAGACACUAGUUGGUGGAUUUCUCCUACACAUUUCCUGGAAGAUUGGCUGGACUGAGAUCAGCAGCAGUUCAAGGUACAAUGAAAUUGCAGUGUAAGAAUAUACAGACGGUAUUCCAAUUAAUAUUCACUGGAAUAUGUGUCAUCUUAUUUCAGAUACUUGGCUGUGGUUUUUACCCCAUAAUGUUGCAAGAACUGUGUAGUGGUAAAAUAAUAAUAAACAUGCGCACACUUUUUUCUGUAUGUAACUGGAGUGUUUUCUUUAUGCUUUUAUAUAACUUUGCGCAUAUACUCAUGAGAUUAAAACCAUAGGAUAAGCCACAGUUUCAUCAAGUGUCUGUGCACAAGUGUGUAGGCUAUUCUUUUCCAGCCCCCUGUCCCAUUCUUAAAUAAUUAGCAUGGUCAAAUGAAGAUACUGCCCAACUCUAUAGGGCAUUUUAGAUUGCAUACAAUCUAGAACUGAGAAAUCUGCUGUUUGCAUCUUAGUAUGCAAGAUCACUUACUUGGUGUUUGACUGUCUAGCCCAGGCAUCCACAAACUCGGCCCUUCAGAUGUUUUAGGACUACAACUCCCCUCAUCCCUAGCUAACAAGACCAGUGGUCAGGGAUGAUGGGAACUGUAGUCCGAAAACACCUGGAGGGCCGAGUUUGGGGGUGCCUGGUUUUGCCCAAUUAUGAACUGUUUGGGAUACAGUUUUAGGAAUAGCUGAUUUAUUCCAUGGAAAUCUAGUCUGAUGUUUAAAUGAAAGACAUCCACAUUGAACACAUUAAAAAAAAAACCUCUCAUGAAUUUGAGAGGCAAAAACCCACAGAAAAAAAUACUUCAUUUUGUCCAGGGUUAUGUACGUAAGUAUAUAAGAAGAGCCCCGCUGAUCAGGCCAGUGGCCCAUGUAACCCACUAUCCUGUUCUCCCAGUGACUAACUAGGCUAACUAGAUACCUAUGGGAAGUGUGUGAGCAGGACCUGAGUGCCCCACUGCUCUUUCCUCUCCCAGCAACUGGUGUGCAGAGGCAUAAUGCUUCUGGAGGUGGAAACAGAACAUAGUCAUCCUGCCUUGUAACCAUUGUUAGCCUUCCCCGCUAUGAAUUUGUCUAAUCCUCUUUUGAAGACAUCCAAGUUGGUGACCAUCACUUCCUCUUGUGGAAGUUGGUUCCUGUGCACUGCGAGAAGAAGUAUUUCCUUUUGUCUGUUCUGACUCUUCCAGCAUUGGGCUUCUUUGGAUGUUCCUGUGUAUUCUGAAGGAGGGAGAAAAACCUCCCUCUCCACUUUCUUCUUCCAAUGCAUAAUUUUACACACCUCUAUCAUGUCCUCCCCUAGAAGAAUAGUGACCUGUGACAUAAAGAUCUGUGCUUAGAGAAAUUCAUUCUGAGCAACGUCAGUAGUACUGUUCUUCCAUUUGUAGAAUGGCUGCACAUCAGGGGAUAGAUAUCUGAUGGAGCUCCAGGAUGGCAUUCUGUGAUAGCAAGGGAACAUUGUGGUAAGGGUGGCUUAAAUAUUGUUCUCGUCACCCUGAUGCUUUCUGUUAAAAACCAAAGCACUGUUGUCUCCUAACUUGGUUAAAUAUUGUUCUGCUUUGGAGCUUAAGAUUUCACUCCACUAGAUGUCAGUCUAAGCAAGGUAAUCCACAGAGACUUUCCUGCUCCCUGCUCUUGUUGAAUAAAAGAUGGGAUGCAAAGGAUGGCAUGCUGCAGAAGACCUAAAGAUAAAAGGGGAGGAGGGUAAGGAAAGAGGCACUCCUUAGGGUACCCAGAACUCAAGCAAUUUAAUGCUUGGACAUGGAAAGAACUGAAAGCAUGGAUGAGGCAGAAUAGGAACUCUGUUUUCAAGAGGCAAGCUUCAGAAUUCUGCACUGGCUGCAGCUUCUACCCUUUCUUCAAAUGCAGCUUCAUGCAGAAUGUGUUACAUUAGUCAAGGGGUCCCCAACAUGGGCAUGGCCAGGAUUUAUUUUGUGGGGGCAGGCUUUAUAUUGGGGUGGGGCAGCACCGAAUUAUCUGUGAUGAAAUUAGUCAGUUAAGUAUUUUUAUUUAUUUACUUGAUUUGGGGUGGUAGCUGCCCCCCUGCCCUCUGGCUAUGUAUUUGAUCUUUGUGUUUGAUCUUUUAAUACAUAUUCCCUACAACAUGGAAGAUUACUAACUUGUAGAAAUAUCAGCACUGGGGUGUCUUAAGAUUUUGAUCAGCAACAAUGAUGGAAGACUCAGGCUGUGUGCAAGUCAUGAAUUCCUCACUCUGUUCAAUGAGCCACAGAAUAAAUGAGAUUUUGGCUGCUGGCUUCCUUGGUGCCUAAAGUUCCCUUCAGUCUCAUUUGCAGAAAUACUGAGUAUCAUCAACCCCAACAGAUUUCAAAGUGGGUGGGGUGACUCAUAUUGUACUUGUGUCUCUGUUUGCAGAUGGAAGGAUAUAGGAGCUGCUUCUAACCCCUUUAGAAAUCUAGAUCUGAAAGUAGGCUGUUUGUGUACACAUAAUUCUCCAAGAACCUCUGCAUUUUGUGUCUAGAAUGAACAGACUGUGCCUUGGGUGAUGAGUGCAUCCACAAAACAACCUUAACUUGCCUAUUAUUCCACAAACAAAAGAAGCCUAAGGAUGAGAGGGGUAUUUAGAUUUUGAGUGUAUGCUGAAAUUUCUCUGAUUGAGAUCUUUUAACUCCUUCACAGAACAGUUAUCUGCAAUGCUCUUUGGGUAGAUGCCAUGAUGAUCAAUCUAGAUUUGUAGCGUAGGCAUGUCUUGUGAUCACCAAGUUACCAUUCCGAUUCAUGGAAUACUGCAUAUUUCUUUCGUACUUGUCAAGGAAUGCACAACACGGUGCUCUCUGCAAAGUCAUUAUAGCAGAUUCUGAGCCUGACUGUUGUAUGGCUUGGCAUGUUAGAGUGAUGACUGCUGUUGAAGCAUUUCCCGUAGUGCUAGACAUUCUUUUCCAGCCCUGAAAAAGAAUCCCUUUUGGCAGGAUUGAGUUCUGAAGUUCCAUCGUGGGAACGGUUCUAAUGGCCUUUUCCAUUGCAUUUUAGAUGGUCACAUUGGCCAUGCAAACAUUUCAGGGAUUCCUGAGACUUCACAUUGUGGUCAGUGAUCCCUGUUUUCCACAUGGAGACCUCAUUCUCAAGCUUUAGGGCUUUAUUUUUCCACUGCUACUUCAGUUCAAAUGACAUUGCUUGUUUUAAGGAGGCAUCUGAUUUGAAGUUACCAACAAAAUAAUUAUAGUAGUUGUCAGUUUGAUCCAGAUAAGAUUUGGGCCCGGUGUGAGGAAAGAGAAUUUAUGUUGUAUGAGCAGAAGUUGGAUUGAAUUCAACUAACUCAUUGCUUGAGCAGAACAACAUACUUAAAAAGAGAAUCAGGAGAUUACACUGGAGAGGCAUGUCGUCAUUGCAGCUACUCAGAAGAGCUAACCCAAUAAGAAUACUUGGAUACACUCAAGCCAAGCAGGUAGAAAAUCACCACAGAUGUGCAUCUUUGCAGCACGGGAAUGGUCAGAUACAAUGCCAAGAGAUGUAUCUUGCAGAGCUUCCACCUUCCUUCAUGGCUCUUAAUUUCACCUAAUCCAGGUUCAUUUCCCUUUGUUUAGUUGGGGGAAAUGUUUUGGAUAGAUGUCUUCUGAUAUCGUUUGUAUACAGAAUCUGGCAUAGUCGUAACUGUAUGCGCCAUUUGUUUUUACAGAUCUGAAGUGCUGUCAUGGCUUCCAGCUUCUGCACUCUUUGUGGGCAUUAUUUAUGCAGGUUCCAGGGCACUGUCUAGACUGGUAAGAUACAGGCAAAUGGAAACUAACAUGCUUUUUCAUUUGUUGGUGUUAAUGUUUUACUCCAGAUAGCAUACUAAGGUUAAAGUCAUUGACCUAACUAAUUAAAGUCAUUUGUGAAAACACUAAUUGCUGUUUGGAAGCUGUAAGCAUCCUCUGGAGCAAGAUUAGGGAAAGUAGGGGAGGAGAAGGGGCAAAUCCCGUUGCACAAGUAGAAAUCCUUGUGCUGACUGGAUGUUGCUUUGCAAACAAUUCCCUAAUUUUCAGCUUUGUGUGUUAUAUUGUCCCUAUAUGUGCAGUGGUGACAAUAAAGACCACUUUUGCAAAUAUGAUGCAUGAACAGUAUCAACAAGACUGAAAUGUAUAUCUCCAGCUGUAUAUAAUGCAAAACUGAUAAUGGUGAUAAUUUUAUAUAUAUAUAUAUAUAUAUAUAUAUAUAUAUAUAAUAUAUAUAUAUAAAAUAAGCUGCCUGGUCAGUCAAUAUAGAGAUGACAAAUGGGUAUAAUGAGCUCCAACAGCAAAAUAGCUAAGAAUUCUCAGCACAAAACAAGUCACCUUUAACAGGAGCCAGAGUUCAUUCCCUUCCUCUCUUUGCUUUUGCCCUGGGAAUUAGCACAUGAAGCACUUACAUCCUCUGAUAAGGCAACUGGGGAAGUUUAGUCUAUGUGACUCUUCCUUUCUCUGUUGACUUACAUCCCAUAAUCUCCCCCCCUUUUUUUCCUGUUACUCCCGCCUCUUCAGAAUUUACUGUUAUGAUGAGACCUCAGCUCAUUGUACAUGAAUAUGAAAGAUGCUCCAUUUUGACACAUGAAAUAGAUAGGAGCAUAAAAUGCCUUUUCAUUGUUGUUAACAUGAUUCCUAAAUUAGUGCUCAAAUGUCUAUUGCCACUACUGUGGUGCAUCAUAUAACUACAUAUAGCUUCAUUUCCAAAUCAGUCCAGCUGGUUUUAAUUAUGAUGUUUGCAUUGUCCCUUUGUUUGGUGAGUAAUUCUGCACUGGAUGAGAGCCAGCGCGGACAAGUAGUAGGGAGACCCGGCUUCAGAUUUUUGCUCUUCCCCAAACUCAGUCUCACUUCCUCAUCUUUAAAAUGGCAGUGUUAAAAUGGGAUUGUGAAAACACUUGAAAUGGGGUUUAUUUCUGCACUUGAAAUGCAAUCUACACAGUGGCUGUAGAAAUGGGUCUUACUUAGCUGUGAGGGCAUGUGCCUGCCUAUUUCAUCUAAGAAUUUACAUUUCAAAUUGAAAUGAGAAUUUCUGGAACAACAAUUGGCUGAGAUGUGUUCGUGAGAUAGUGGAAUUGAGGAGAUGGCAAUUUGCUUAUGCUGGCUGGACCAACAUACUGAGCUUCCUUUUAUAAAGACUAAAGCUCCUAAAAAAUAUCAUCAAAGACAAUAGACAUCUGGCGAAGGUUAGCUGAGCUGGGCAAUCUGGAGCCACUGUUGGCAGCAAAACACAUUUCUCUUGGCUCUAGAAAGAGCCAAUAGCGUAUGGGAGGGGAAGGGGUGUGUGAGUGUGUCUGUAUAUACAUGUGUGUGUUAAAACUUGGCUGCAGAAAAGGAAAAAUGUAAAUUCUGGUGUCAGCUUUCUUAGACAUUGCUUCUAGUAUUUCCUAUUAUUGUGCUCCAGUUCAAGUGGCCUGUGUUAGAUGAUGGGCUCAAUUUAACUUUCUGCCUCAGCAGCAGUGAGGGGCAGCAUAAAUGGUAGGUAACAAGGCCAGCAGUGGAACUAGGAACUGUUCUUUCUUUUUAAAAUAUAUCUGUACUGAUAAAAUAUAAUCAACACUGACCACAUAACAAAAUGUACAUGGCAAAACGUGAUGUGAUGUUUUUUAAAGAGAUUAACAAUAUGAUUGGCAAAUUAUUGAGCAUGGGUGGCAUGAAUUGUUCUUUGUUUUUUGAUCCUACUGAAGACCAGUCAACAACUGACUUGUUGUGUGCCAUGUUUGGCUGUUCACUGAAUACCAUUUAUUGCAAAUUCCCAAGUAUUUAGAAUGUACUUUGUUAAGUGGCUGUGUCUUAGGUCCAAAUAAUUUGUUAUGGCCUACAUGUUUGUUUCUACAAAAAGCAUUUCUAGUGAAAAAGUACAAGAAUAACAGAUAAAUUGUUUAUACAAAAUAAAAUAAGAUCAGUGGCAAACACCUAAAAUAAGUAUCCUAUCAAAUAAAGCUGUUACAAUAAUUUACAAAUUCCGUUUUAUACAGAAAUAAUUUAUAGUAUCCUUGCAUGCGUGUCUUAGAAGACAAAUUAGUUUGACUAGAUAGUCCAUAUUCCAAGUUUUCCAUAUAGUUUCCAGUUUGGACGUGGUUCGUUUUUGGAGUGAUGGAAUGAGUUUCAUUCCUAUGCUCCACAAAUAACCCAGAGAUGCAUUUUAAAUAAAAACACACAUUCUACUCAUGUAAAAACACGCUGAUUCCCGGACCAUCCGCGGGCCGGAUUGAGAUGGCGAUUGGGCCACAUCCGGCCCACGGGCCUUAGGUUGCCUACCCCUGCCCUAAACGUUUUGUGAAUCUUUGUACUUUUGUCCAUGUACUAUAUUUGUUUCCCAUGAUUUGAACUAUAAAAUGGUGGUUUUCUUGAGUAAAAAUGAGAGUAUCCCUAAAUAUAUUUUUAGAAAAAAAAGCCCUGGUAUUUGAAUGCACAUUUUUGCAUGAUUUAAAAAAAAAAAAAAAUCACAGUGGGUUAAUAAAGAAAUAGAUCAGAGUUUUGAACAUGUAUGAAACUGACACAGACUGAAACUAGGCUGAACAUUCUGUCCAUUCUUGGAGACUGCACUAUUUUUCCUCAUGGUGCUACCUGUAGUUCUUAGCGCUAUGCUCAUGGGAGAAAUUUAAUGCUUUGUGCACCACCUCAUUUCAUACCUGCAAGCUCCUACAGCUGUUUAUAAGGGAAACUGUAUCUCUAGAAAUAUCUGGUUUUUAGGACCACCCAAGAGAAACAUGAAUAAGUGCAGAAGAGGUUCUUUUCAGAAUCUGCAGUGCUAAUCUUAUUGGUCACAUUUUCUCCCUUGACAGCCAAUUCCUAUCUUUCUUACCUUACACAAUGCUGCAGACGUUAUAGCUUGUGGAAUCGAGGCAUUUGUGCAGAAAGAGGUAUGACAAAAUGAAUUUCCUGUGUUGUUAACAGCCUGUGCCAGGGCUUUGGAAAUAGUGAAAUUAGUGUUACCAUGUUUUCCCAACUCUGCUAAAUAAUCCAGUUACUAAUUUAAUUUUAUUUUUAAUAAGGGAAAUACUUCAAACGUUUUCCUUUUGGAAAUGAAAAUUAUUGAAUUCUGUGGGAAGAAUAUGUAUUCUGAAGUCUGUAAUAGAGCAAAAAGGGAGCCGAAUGACGGUGUCACUCUGAUGAUCCUUAAAUAGCUCAGAUCAUUGAAUUGGAGAGGGGAAAAAUACUGAUUUUGAUGCAGUCCAAGAGUUGUAUCCUUGGUAGUUUUGCCUUAGUGAAAAACCACUUCCACAAAUUGGGACACCCAAUAUUUUUCAACUGCAGCCCUAUAGUAUUCUGUUCCAGAGUUCCCAACCACCAGGAGCAGCUUUCGAAGGGAGGAACUUAAGCAGGUAGGAAGAAUUGGUGAAAAUCAGAUGCCCCAGCUUAUAUAAGUGGGAACUCUUUUCACUAAGGCUGUGGUGAGGAACAUUUGGUCUAAUUGAGCCCUCAGUUAAAAGCUGUUUGAAGUAUAAUGUAGAUCCUACCUGAUCAACAACAGGGAGGGAAGGCGCAUUUCAUGGAGAGAGGUGUUUGUUUGUUUGUUUGUUUAAAAGAUGAGGCCACCACUGAAAAGGCCCUGCCAGAAUUAGCUGUGGUGUAGAAUUAGCAUUUUGCAACAGCUGUAGCUUUUCAAUCCUCUUUAAAGGUAAACAGACAUAGAUUGCAUUACACUAAUCCAGUCUAGAGGUAACCAGGCAAAUAUCUGCUACAUCCAGAUAGGGUUGCACCUAGUAAAAAGGCAAUCCUAAUAAUUGCAGAUAGCUGUCUUUCUUCAGAUAGCGUUAAGUCCAGGAGGACACCCCCCCCCCAAAAAAAAGUUGCAAACUUUGCUUUUGGCUGGGGUAUGCGUGCAAUUUUAGAAGCUAAUUUAUUUAGGAGCUAUUUCAAGUUGAGUUCAUUUUUUCUUCUACAGGUACCACAAUAAUAGAACUUGCAUUUGGAAAACUGUCAGAAGUCUAGGUGCAUGUAUAAUAACACAUUUUCUUUCCAGUGUUUUGAUUGCAUUUUAUUUCCUUUCUUAACAGCAGACCUCUAGACUAAAAAUCUGUAGGUGAGUUUCUCAACGUAUAAGUCUAUAGAGAAUUUCACAGAGGGCCUAGAUUUCUCACAGAUUGCAAAGUUGGUUUUCUAGUCAUCAUAAACUUCAAAAAGGACAAGCUUUUAAUGCUUAAAUACAGAAAAGCUUUGAACAUAAAGAUGAAACUGCCUAGAAAUUAUAUUACUCAGUAGGUUGACACACAGAGUCCCACCAUAACUUCUCCAGGUGAAUCAUAAUUCCAUGGUUCUUUUUCUUGACUCACCUCUUGGAGUUGUCUUUCUGAAGCCAACUUAAGCCUCCUUAAGUCCAUUAAAAUCAGUGGGUUUGGGCAUCCCUAAUCAUUCAUUGGAUUUAGGCCUAGGACCAAUUUGCGUUGGGUGUAUCAUUAUUAAAUUAGAUUCCUUUUUAAAUACAGUAAAGUAUUGUUUUAGAGGAUUAUAAUAAGUGCUUGGAAAUAUGUAUCUGUAUUUGAGAUUUGGAUAAGAGGGGAUGAAAUAAUUGUGUUUGUGUACAUAUUUUUUCAAAAUGCUUAAAUACACAAUUUCCAAAAGACCUUGACAAAAGAAGAUUGUUCACAGGCAAACAGAACUAUGAGAAGAUAUUAUAUAAGAAUGAUUGAGUAAAAUAUCUCAAAAAUAAUAAACAUAUUUUAACUUUGUGUUUAAAAGUAACUCAGGUUAAUAACUUAAGAAAACUUAUUGGAAUUCAGAUGUUUUUGUAUUAAGCCAGUAUCCCCCCCCCCCCCGCAGAUUAUAGCAGCUUCAGAGAGGUGAUUUGCAUUGGAGAAAUGGUGUGAGAGAAAGGACUAACUUUUUCUAGCGUGGCCCACAUGGCCAAUUUUAUCGUUCUGUGAUGGAUGUUACUGUACCGGUACUUGACAUCAUGUGACACCAGGUGUGGGAUAACUAAAGUGCAUCCACGACAGCUGCAGUGGAGCUUGCAUUUGGGCUGUUUACAUUCGGCUCCAACUGCAAGCCCUGCUUUUGGCAAAAGGAUUUGCAGCUGCGGUUUGAAUUCAAGCUGGGUCUGUAAAGCAAGAAUAGGGCAGAUGGGGUCAUGACAAAAGCAGAAGGGGAUGUUGUAAGAAGGGGCUACUACACAAUGUGUGUCUUAGCGUUUUUUCCCUUCCUCCCGAGGGGCAAUUUCAGUGUCUAUAUUAUUCUCUUCCAUUUGAUCAUGCUUGUUGCCUGUCAUGUGGCAAAUAUAGUAGUAGUAGGAAUAAUAACAAAACUGAAAAUUAUGAAUAAAGCCAGGGCAGGGCUUUGGUUACAGCAGCGGCAGACAAUAUGAUGUUGGACUCCACCUUCCAUUAUCAGUGACUGUUGGCCAUGCUGCCUUGUGCUGAUGAGAUUUGGAGUCCAUCAUCAUCUGAAAAGUACCAUGUGUGCUAUCCCUGGGUCACCAUGUUUGAAUUGAGCAUGCGAUCAAAUCUCCAUUCAGCCCUGAAGCUCACUGGAUAACCAUGGACUGGUCAAUAUUUCACAGCUUAACCCUAACGUACAGGGUAGUAGUGAGGAUAAACGAGACAUAGAACUACAUGUACUUCCUUGAGCUAUUUGGAGGCAGGAUGAGAUAGAUACAGGAUGAGAUAGACAGACAGAUAGAUAUAUUUAAUGAAAUAGAAAUAUAUAAUUGAGAAUGCAUUGCAAUGAAUGUCAGUCAUGUGGCAUACUGUUUCUUCCAUGCAGAGUGCUGACUCUUCUGGUAGCAGCAGGAUGCCUUCCUUUCUGUGAUCCACAGGUAGGUAGGUUGGUUUAAAAAAACCAAUCCUAAGAUUACUGUGAAAUGGCUGUCUCCUUGCAUUUGUCUUGCUAUCGGAUUCAGGAAGUGAACAUUCCCUCUUGAUUGUGAUUGGCUAUUGAGAGGAAAAGACAGGAGGGCACAGGCCAAGCAACAAAACCUUUCACAGAGGCGGGUCUGCCAUAGGAAGCCCUAGGAAACAAUUUGCUGAAAGGAGUCUAAUGCUUUUCAGGUGUAAAAACCUUCGGGGCAUCUGCAUAGAAACAAGGGCUUAAAGCUAUAUUUUCAAGCGAAAUCUUCGUGUCUUUGUUUCUGAAUCAUUAUGUAUAUAUGGAUCAUAUUUUAGUCAGCCAAAUAAGUUUUUUUUUGCACUGGAAACACAUCAGGCACAUUUCAGUAAAUUGUUUCUUAGUGCCUCUGGAAGUCUCUUUUUCUCUCCCUACAUGCAUUAUUGCACUUGUUUUUAAAAACAUACAGCCAUGUCCAUGUUUACUCAGAGCUGUUUUUCAGCUUUGAAGAGAGAGUGAAUAGUGGGGCUGUCUUCUCUGUGAGCCUGCCUGCCCACCCCUCUCCUUUGCAACCCACCAAUAUCUGAAUUAGGUCUGGGUGGGACGCAGAAGGGAGCCUUCUCUGUGCCCGCGGUUGGUUUUCAAACUCUCUCCCUAGGGAGGCGCCUCUCGCCCCCCUCUUCCAUCACUUUUAAAACACCUUCCUUUUUCAGACAGGCAUCCAUCCAACCUGCCAUUCUCUUAAGUUUUUAACCUUCCUGGUUAAUUAGCUUUGAAUUGUGUUUUACCUCCUUUUUUGUCCCUCUUAUAAUUUGUAUUUUUCUUGAGGUUGCCCUCUGUUAAAAGCUGCCUCAAACAUUAAUGGAAAGGCAGGCUAAAAACUUGUAAAGUGAUUAAAACAAGAUUGCAGCAAUAGCAGGCAAACCUUAGCACUGAAGAAAAAUGCCAGUAGUGAGUGACAAUGAGAAACCACCACCCAGAUCCCUCUCUCCCCAAGGUUAGGCCUGUCUAUGGGGGGCUCACACAUGCCCUACACUUUGAGAGAACAUGUGGAAGGGUGGGGGUUGUGGAGUUGCAAGCCCUCCACCGCCACCACUUGGUGUGACCAGCCUUCACCCCAUCUUCAUGUUCAUACCUGGUACAAACAAUCUGCAUGCACACCAAUACUCAUGUAGCACUCCUCCACAUGAAGGGAGACCAGAGUCUAUGUCCCCACUUUGUUGUGGUGAAGCUCUAUGCUGGAUGUGAUCCGUGCAGUGAGGCAGAGCCACAUCCGCCCUCCCAGCACCAGCACCACUGCAGCUUACUUGGAAGGAGCUGGCAUGGGGCAGGGUGGCAGCAGAACUGCAUAGUCCUGACCUCACCAGCACCUUGCCCUACCGCAGGUCCCUCCAGUAUGCUGCAGCAAUGUUGAUGUUGGGAGGGUGGCUCAGUCCCAUUAUGCGGGCUGCUGCUCUGCGCAUACACUGUUGUGCAUGAAUCAAGCUUCUUUACAUGCCAGUCAGAUUUGCAGAAAUGGACACAGCACAUCUUGGUGGCAGUGGUGGAGCUAGCCCUCAGACCCUCCCAUAAAAGUAAAGGUAAAGAUACCCCUGACCAUUAGGUCCAGUCAUGGGCGACUCUGGGGUUGCGGCGCUCAUCUCACUUUAUUGGCCAAGGGAGCCGGCGUACAGCUUCCGGGUCAUGUGGCCAGCAUGACUAAGCCGCUUCUGGCGAACCAGAGCAGCGCACGAAAACACCGUUUACCUUCCCACCUAUUUAUCUACUUGCACUUUGACAUGCCUUCAAACUGCUAGGUUGGCAGGAGCAAGGACCAAACAACGGGAGCUCACCCCGUCGCGGGGAUUCAAACCGCCGACCUUCAGAUCAGCAAGCCCUAGGCUCAGUUGUUUAGACCACAGCGCCACCCGCAUCCUCCAGUUCCUCCCAUGCAAAGCAGAUAAUACCUUGUGCUACACCAGGGGUUGUCAACCUGGUCCCUACCACCCACUAGUGGGUGUUUCAGGAUUUCAGGGGGGCGGUAGGGGUUCUACGCCACAUGUUACUGCAGCACUGGUAGGUGGUAAGGAAAUUUUACCAUCAAGAAAAAUGCAUUAGUGGGCGGUAGGUAUAAAAAGGUUGACUACGCCUGUGUUACACAAUGAAGUCUGUUUUCGAUAUAGAUACCCAAACACAUGUCUUAUUGUUUUGGUUGCUGCUACAUGAAAAGAAGACAUGAUAUCAAAUGACUAAUAAAUUAAACUGAAAUUGAUACAAAGUGGCAGCUCUUUUUAAUAUAUUGUUUUUCCUAGAACAUUUCUCCUCCAGCAACUGCAUCUUGGAACCAUUUAUGAAGGAGGUGUUUAUCUCUGUUUGCUUUGAUGUUGUAUUUUACAGUUUGACACAGAUGGCUAUUUUUGGGCCCUCAUCCAUUUGCUAUGCAUUGGUAAGUCUUUAAUAAAUUUGUGAAAAUUAAGCUGUAAUGCAUAAGUGCUGCUCCUUUUCAUUUUAGUAGCGUUUCGGCUGAGGCUCCCAGUUUUCUGGCUUUUGUCCCUCAGUACAAUAGCCAACAAAUUGCAUAAGCGGAGUUUGUUUGUAUUGCUUCCACUUGGAACAGAAGCUUAUUGUGUGUUCCUUCCAAAGGUAUAUGAAUGAAUCCAACUUUGCAUUGAAUUGUAUGACACCAUGAAAAUGGAAGGGAAAACAAAUAUAGGCAGAUCAAAGCUCUGAAAUGAUUUGGAGAGAACAGAGCACUGAAGAGUGAGAACAAAUAAAGGAAAUGAGAUUUUGAUCUAUACUGGUUGGAAAUAAAUGCAUAACUACAAAACUGGGCAUUAGCCAAAGUAGCUUAAAUGCUGCAUAAAAGUUUAGAUUUUUCUAACCGCAAAUAGAUUUUAACAAAAACAAAAUGACAUUGAUACCAAAUUCAAAUUGGUCCCUAGCUGUCCACAUUAUGACUUGGGGCUUGUCCGCUCCAAAGUGUUUGCAGUUCUACAGUCCAUAUGCCGUUACCCUCAAACAACACCAUUCUCAAUGCUUUCCUCCUACAAAUUCAGCUUUAUCCUAUAUAGAGAUAAUCCAGUGUUGAGGGAAAUCAGACUCCAGAUAAUUUUGGGGGGUGUUUUGUGGUGGGUGGAUCAAUUGUCACUUUCUGCUACUCCCCUUUCCAUGCCCACUACCUCAUCUGUGAUUUGAUUUCUUUUCCAGCAGUGUUUAUAACUAUUUCUGGUGUGCACCUGAAUAUUUCCCUCCCCCUUGAUCCUUCAGAUUUGCACAAAUCCAGAAAACUGCACAAGCAAACCGCAUCAAACGUUUCAAUACCCGAUAUUUUGCCCAGCCUUCUGAAAAAUGUGUGCUGAGAAUCACAUCAAUUGCUUUCAGUUCUUUUUCAGCCCUGCUUGUAACUAUUUCUGAUGGCAGAACAGUCUCUCUCUCUCUCUCUGAUUUGCAGAAAACCAAAAAACUGCACAAGCAAAUUUACAGUUGCCUGACCACAUGCUUUUGGUGUACUUCCUGGGUGGGGGAAAUUAUUUUAAAAACAGGCUGCAUGCACCAGUAUCUGCAUACAUGCCAUGUUGGUACUUAAUCAGCAUUACAGAAUCAACAAAUCAGAAGGAGGGGGGAAGCAUAAAAGGGAAUGUCUACUGGUAUGAAUAGGAAAUAGUGAAGUUGCUUCUCAUAUAGAGAUUCAAAUACUUGUAGGUGUAGACUACUCCUUCUAAUCUGAAUGGUGGUGGGGAUAGAAAAACAGCUAAAUAAUGCUCAAGUGUGGACAAGCCCUUACUUGCCAGAAUGAUGACUUUUACGUGUUUUGUGUCCUUUUAUUCACAGGGGCUUACAAAGUAUAUUAUAAUUCAUGGAGACCUAAUUCUCUAAGGUGAUUUCCCCCUUGUUUUUAAAGAGGGUUAUGUAAAACAGAAGAACCACUAUUACAGAAUAAUAAAAAAAGAUCAGGAGAAAGAGGUGUAAUGGUUUUAAGGUUUAAUGUUUUACUUUGUUUAUAUAUAUGCUGGAAGCUGCCCAGAGUGGCUGGGGCAACCCAGUCAGACGGGUGGGGUAUAAAUAAUAAAUAAUUAUUAUUAUUUUAAUUACAGAUUGUUGUCAUGACUGUAAGAACAAAGGGACUGAGGCACAGCUGUAUAGUCAGUCAUAAACUGAUGUCUCCAUAUCUCUGUGGUCAGUAGAAUCCUGAUGGAGACACUUUAAAAGAAUUGGAUAGCAUGGGGGGGGGAGCCAACCCAAGCAUCCAAAUUAGAAUGAAUAAUCUGUGCACAUGGUUAAAGAUUUGAAGAGAGAACAAGUUUUGGGGGGAGGGGAUAAAGGGGAGGGAGGGAGGGAAAAAAAUUAGGAUAAAUGAGCAGGGACAAAAGUAUAUACUGUUAUGUAUAACUAAUAGGGGGAUGAUUUUGAUGCAUGUUAUUGUUAGAUUUUUGACUGAAUGGUUUUUUUGUAAGUUUUUCGACAUCCCUGGAUGAAAGUGUGAUUAGAAAGAAGGGGGGGAGAGACACUUAAAAAAAAAACCACUUUAGGUCCCCCCCCUUAGUUUAAAGCACCCCAAAUGAAUAAAUUCACCAAGUAGACUAUGGCAAGAGCUACCUGAAAUACAGGUGAAACUCGGAGAAUUAGAAUAUCGUGGAAAAGUUCAUUUAUUUCACCUGUAUAUGGUCAUGAGUCUGGAAUAGUGAGCUGUAAACAUCACUCCCCUCUGUAUCUCACACAUACAAGAGUUACUUACAGUGUGGGGGAUUUUGCUUGUGUGCUGCUUUGAGAGUGGGUCUUGGCAAGAUCGCGAGGUUUACAUACGAUCAAUCAACCAUUUAAGAGCAACUUCUUCACCGCAGCUUUAAUGCUCAUCUUCCCUCUUUUCUCCUAAUUUAGAAGCAUAUAAAUUCUGUCAAGGAUAUAAUGGCUUUGCAACUGGGUCACACGGCCUAGUAAUGUAGUUCUCUGAGAGCGUUUCUGUCGAGAGGGUGUGAUGGUCCUGCCAUUUGAUUUGACUCCUUUAAUGUUAGCUGCAGUUCAAAACUCUGUGACUUCGUGCUUAUCAAAGAGCCAGGCAGCCAUGAAAUGGUUGGGAGUAAAUUUAAAAUAAUGUUAGCUAGUUAGUUCUCCUAAUCCCCCAGAGCAGAUCUGUAGUGUGUGUGUGUGUGUGUGUGUGUGUGUGUGUGUGCGCGCGCGCGCUAGUGCUAGGAGGGGCGGGGGGAGUCUUACUCACAGUAUAUAUUCCCCACUCCUCUAUAGACCAGAACCCUCUAGAUGUUGCCUGAUUCCAGCUCCCAUCAUCAUUGACCCAGUGGCCUUGCUGGCUGAGGCUUUUGGAGUCCAGUAACAUUUGAGGCACAGGUUCCCCUCUCCUACAGUAGACCAGCUACCCUGCUAACUUCCGAACAUGCGGAAAAUAAUGUCGCCUUUCAUUUAUGUUUUGGACAGGAGCGUUAUACCUGGAAACUUGGCAAUGCCGUUUUCAGGAGUCAAAACACUGUCCCGGCAAUUUCUUUUCAGCUGCAGGGCAGAAAUUCUGGGAAGCUGUGCCCAGGCUGGUUCUUACCUGUUCUCAUGGCCUGCAAGGGUCAGGCUGGCCUGUGCACUCUCUAUGACUGGCGGCUCACGUUGAGUGGGGUUGUGUCCCCUGGAUAAAUAUAGCUCUCCACCUUCCCCAGGGCACUUCUUCUCUGGCACUCAACCAGGAGUGCAGAGAGGUCGUUUGUGUGCUACUGAGCUGUGACUGAACUCCUGUGCUAAAGUCUUGGGUUUGCCAACAAUAGUCAGGCAAGCGGAAAUCUGAAACAUGGGUAGUUUUGCCCAAAUCAAUAUAAAGAAAACAUGUCAUGAGUAAUAAUAUAACAUUAACAUCAUAUAAUUGGUUUUUAGAGAUUCUUAGGUGUAAUAUUUGGUGGGAAUCACUGCGUUUAGACCUCACCCCCCAAAUAACAGAUAAAAUUAUUUUCUUCUUUUAGUGAUUCUCAGCAACAAUAUAUAAACUAUGCAUUCAGGUAAAACUUGCAUUCUUUCUUUCUCUGUUUGUUUUUUGCUUCAGGUCAAUCCUAUCUGGGUUUGAUUUCCUUUGGAAGAGAGAGUAGUGAAGGCUUGUGCCAUUUGGGGGGGGGCCGGUUUCCAUAAUAUUUGCUUUAUUUACAAUUCUACAAGUAGAACAUAAGUGUAGGCAAGCAGUGCAUGCACCCCCACUGUUUAAAGAGAGGCAUCUUAAAUUCCAAGGUGCUUCCAGACUUUAUCUUCCCUCCCCUGCCAUUCUUCACAAGCACACCCCUCCACCUGCACCCCAGCUCCCUUAACUCAGUGUUUUUUAUAUUGUAAUUUUAUGUUGUGAAUUGCCCUGAGAUCUACAGGUAUAAGGUGGUAUACAAAUUUAAUAAAUAUAAUAAUAAUAAUAAUAAUAAUAAUAAUAAUAAUAAUAAUAAAUAAUAGGAGGGGAAGGGAAGGGAUGUGUCACCUUAUGGAGGCAGAGAGGGCUUGAAAGUGAGGAGGCAAGUUUCUCUUGAAAUCUCAGGAAAAAGAGUAGCUGAUAUCAGAUUUCCAGAGUCAUGACUGCCACUUUCUUUUAGUAGCAUAACCACAAUUAAGUAUGAAAAAAUGAUUUGCAUAAUUUAUUGCAGAGCACAGCUUUUCUUGUGGCAGAAAUUGAGGGGGGUUUUGUUUUUUUUAAAAAAAGUAUAGUACUCAAUCUGCUCCAAACUCCAUAGACACCCAAGCUGGGGGGGCAUUAAUGGGGUCAAUCAUAUUCACUUUAAUCAUUCAUAGCAGUGAAAGGCAACUGAAAUUUUUUAUUAGCAAGAUCGUGAGGUUAUGGGGCUCCAAAGCUGGUUUUGCAUGCAUUAAUAGCUCAUUAUAGAAGUGUGACACACUCUGAGCAGUGUAAGGUAUAAUUUCAUGCCUCAGAGCAAUCACUGCAUUCUGAGGAAUCUAAAUGGAAUUUUGCCAGAGGGGAAAAGCAUAAAUCUCUUGCAGCAGUGUUUAAGAACCUUGCAUCGACCUUAUCACACAUUCCUAUAUAGACACAAAAAUAAUCCUAUAGAGAUAUCCAGAAAACAUUUCUGGUUAUUGUAAUGUUUCCUAAAGGGAUACUGUCUGAUGUGUGAUGGCAGAGGACAAAACCUCACAUCUACACACUUUCUAUUGCCCUUUAGCUCAAAUUGCAGAAGCGUCUACAUUAUUUAAAUUACAAAUUUGGUAGAUGGCAUAAUCUGUGACAUCAUUGUUCAGUCUGGGGAAUUAAUACUGUACUCUCUUUUAUUUUCAGUGUGGUGAUGUUGGCUUUUGCAUCCCACCCAGCAGGUAAAAGAACUGAAAAUUAUAACUGGGUUUUUUAAUUAUAUGGGUAUGGUUUCAUUUUCUUACAUAUGCUGUUUAGGAAUAUAAUCUGUUAGAUACAUCCUCCCCCCCCCCCCCGAUCUGUAGGUCUGUGUGCGUUCAGGUGCACAGGUGGGUCACUUGCAUUUAGGUAGGUAUCUGUUCCUUUUUUAUGGAGUUAGCUGAUCUGUACAUACAAAACUACAUCAGUGGGGUGUGUCUCCUUGCACUGAAAUUAUUGGGAAAUCUUUUCUAGAAAGGGAGUUCUGUUUGCCUAUCAUAACAAUUGCAUGUAGAUCAGGCAUAGUCAAACUCAGCCCUCCAGAUGUUUUGAGACUACAACUCCCAUCAUCCCUGACCACUGGUCCUGUUAGCUAGGAAUGACUUGUAGUCCCAAAACAUCUGGAGGGCCGAGUUUGCCUAUGCCUGAUGUAGCGCAUACCAGUAGAUUGAGGUGUGAUUUAACUGGGAGUUUUAGAAGCUGGAAUCAAUCUUAGAAACUUGGUCAUACUACCUGAUAUUUUAUUUUGUACAGCGGAAGCACAAACAUUUAUUUCUGUUACUGGUUUUUAAUGGGAUAUAACCUGGUCCAAACUGUAAUGCUGAAACUGAAGUUCUGGUGCUGUCUAUUUAGAAUGUUAGUUAUGUGCUGCACCUUCUCUAAACAGCAGAAAGUUCAGAGCACCAUGCGGAUUUGUAGAUUGAAAUAUUGGGGGGGGGGCCUGGAGAGUUGGGGUGCCUUUGCAAUUAACUCUCAUUUAUAAAUUUGCAUGUUGAGCCACCACAUGGAGUGUUCCAGGUUUACAGCAAUAUUGGAUCAGUCCUUCCAAGGCCAGUUUCCAGCUAUGUUCUCUCAUAUUCUUCUAAGCCAGUAGUGGAAACAAAUUAAUUCCUCAUGACCACGAACAGUGAACACAGUGAACAGAGCUUAUGCUUUUCCAUUGGAAAAUGCAGUAUCCAACAUAGAUCUUUUUGCAAGUGGAAAUGUGUUCACUAAAAACACACCACUUCCUUUUCCUGCAACCUCUCUUUGAACUGCUAAUAAGAAUCAGGUGCAGCUCCAAAUGGUGAGAAAGGGGCCUUAUAAGAGUAAUGGCAAAUUAAGGAGUCCAGAAGCUAUAAAAACAUGUUUAAACCAAAGGAUACCUGUUAAAUGGCGUUUCUGUAUAGAGAUUUAACUGAGUGUUUUUUUGCUAGUUUUCCCAUUGAAUCAAUUAUUUUAUUCCACAGGUGAUCUCUUUAGUGCCUUGGAAUUUCCAUUCCUUUACUUCUACAGGUUUCACAGCAGUUGCUUUGCCAGGUAAUAUUCCUUUACCAGAAUGAGUUUGUCAAAGUUAGUGGCAUGUAAAACCUGAAAAGGACAAUAUUUUUUCUGGCACAAACCACCGAAAUGCUGAGAAGGAUCAAGAACUCAGCACUCUAAUUCUUCUCCACAUCUUCCCACCCCCUCCGUGAGCUGGGCUUCUCAAAGCACAUGUUGUGCGAUAUUUUUCCACAGCACUUUUGGGAUGUCAAAAUUGCUCGGCAUCCUAUGGCAAAGUAUUCACUGAAGGCGUCUCUUGAAGGCUCAACAUUGGAUUAGUCUUCAUAAAUCACAUUGUUUUCAGUGAUUACAAAGAAUUAGACCAUAAUACUCCAUUAUUAGCAUGUGGAUUUAUUUUCCUGUACAUCUUGUUAUUUGGAGGGCUUUGGAAGUUGGUUAAAAGGGGAAAGUUUAACAAAAAUCCCAUUAAUUCAAGUGGAAACUGCUUGCUACCCAGGAAGAAUUGAAUUCUUUGUUGUUCAUCUCCUAAGCAUGUAGUAGUACAUGUUGCCCAAAGUUCCAUUUAUUUAUUUAUUUAUUUAUUUAUUUGUGAGAUCGGCCUCUCAUACUGCUGAGUGGCUGCCUAGUUAUUUUUAGGUUCAAGUGUGUCCAAAACCCCUAGUUAGGCCAGUCUUUCUGCACACUAAUUAGUCAUGCCCAGGAUUGUACUGUAAGGCGAUUUACAAUCCUGGGGAUAUCUGCUUAGUGAUUAAGUGCCAUUGCUUGAUUUGAAAAAAAACCCAAAAGCUUUGCUCUAUUGGACAUGGCGAUAAAUUUUACAGCAACAUUUCCAUGAGUUUAGUUGCUGAAAUAACAAUAAAAUACAUGAAUAUAAUGAAUUAAAUGAUAUAAUAGAAUAUUUGUAUCCUGCCCUUUCACCAAUAAGCUCAGCUUGGCUUCAAGCUUGAAGGCUGAGUAGAUAUUUGAAUCUGGGUUUCCUAUAACCAGACAGAAUGCUGCAGUCAUUACAGAACACUGGCUUGGAUCCUGAGCUUGGAUGCUGCUGGUGGGAACAUCCUAGGAUCAGAUUUCUGUUCCUGGGAUCCUGUCACCCAUGGAAGAGGAGUUUGUUCAUCCCUAAAAGUAUUUCCAGAAAGAUGGUGGACACUGUAGAACAGUGUUGCAGCAGCUGUAGGAGGAAGGGGGAACUGGUGAAAAUUACCUCCUUCUCCCUUCUCCAGUGAGAUUCUGUGCUAGAUCUAAAGCUUCCUGUUCAGAGAAAACAAACUGAGGAGCCAAGCCACUGCCUUUUGCCCUGUCCAAUAAACACUGCAGUUUUCAGUGUUCAUCUCUGUAAUGCUGUUACUUUUGAAGGAUGUAAGGGCUUCUCCACAUGUCAUUUCUAUGGUGCGUUCCUGGUUAUUUGUGCUCAUGAUGGUUAUCGUGGUGGUUAUAUUUGAUCCCACUUUCAAUACUGUUAGUGGCUGCAGACAUUUCAGAGUGGGCUUUCUGCUUUGUUUUCAGCCAGUGCAUGCUCCAUAGUUUCCUGCUGAAAUCCUAUUGCUUUUUAUUCCACAAGUAUUCCAGGGGUUGUUUUCAUCCAAAGCAGCACCAGUGGAAUUCCAGUGGGGCAGUGGCAUUGCUGUUUCCUCCCUUCUGCGCAUCCCCCAAAUCUUAUUUGGAGGGUCCCCCAACCUUCUGGAACACAUUUUCAAUGCUUGUAGGGGGCUAUGGGGAAGCUUCAUUCUCUAGUGUAGGUAUCUUGAACUAGUACAGGCUUCCUCAAACUUGGCCCUCCAGAUGUUUUGAGACUACAGUUCCCAUCAUCCCUGACCACUGGUCCUGCUAGCUAGGGAUCAUGGGAGUUGUAAGCCAAAAACAUCUGGAGGGCUGAGUUUGAGGAAGCCUGCACUAGUAGAACAAAAGUGUUCUUCCCCAGGGUCCCGUCCCCCCAGUUUGUUGUGCUAUAGUGCAAGUGCCCCUACAGACAACAAUAGUGCAGUAAUAUUCUAGAAGCAUUGCAGAACAUCUCAUAAAGUGGAAUGAUUUGUGGGGAUGGUCUAGUACUGUAUAAAUCUACCACUAUUGCACUAUUAUUGUGUCAGUGACAUCUUGCAGAACACACCCUCCGGCCUGGAGGGAUCCUUAGUUGAAAAUGAGAAUUCUCUCCAUUAAUGAUGCUGUCUACUACCGCCUUCUGCAGUGGUCUUCUGGGAUUCCUUCUGACCUUAUAUACAAUGAAGCUGAAAAGCAACACAUCCUCAGGACAGUAUGCAGCCUGGAGUUUCCUAGCAAAGGUAAGAUAUGUGCAGCUCUGUUUUGGUUAGGUAUUUAAGAAUGAGCAUCUGUCACUCUUUCAUAUAACUCCAGCCCACUCUCGUUAUAGUAAAGGUAAAGGGACCCCUGAUCAUUAGGUCCAGUCGCGGACGACUCUGGGGUUGCGGUGCUCAUCUCGAUUUAUUGGCCGAGGGAGCCGGCAUACAGCUUCCGGGUCAUGUGGCCAGCAUGACUAAGCCGCUUCUGGCAAACCAGAGCAGUGCACGGAAACGCCGUUUACCUUCCCGCUGGAGUGGUACCUAUUUAUCUACUUGCACUUUGACGUGCUUUCGAACUGCUAGGUUGGCAGGAGCAGGGACCAAGCAACGGGAGCUCACCCCGUCGUCGGGAUUCGAACCGCCAACCUUCUGAUCGGCCAGUCCUAGGCUCUGUGGUUUAACCCACAGCGCCACCCGUGUCCCUAUUCUCAUUAUAACCUACUGUAAAUAGUUUUUUCCUCCAACUAUACUUUAUAUCCACCUUUAUUAGAUGAAUGGAUCAUUAGAGUGGCAAAAGGAUGGUAUUCAUCCUCUCCUCCAAAGCAAAUUAAUGUGUGGGGUGGUAAUUCUAAAUGGCAUUUGUGAUUAUCGGGUCAAACUGGGCUGCAGUAUUAUUCUUGUGUGAUAAUAAUUUGAUUUUGUGAAUGCACCUGCAGAUUAUUGUAUCUGAAGAGGUGAAAAAGUCAAGGGUUGAAUCCCACAAUAAAAUGACAUAUAGUCAUCCAGUGUUACUGUACGGAACUGUAUCAGUUUCUAGACACACCAUUUUGGUUCAUCAGUAACGGUUUCCAUGGUGACAACCUCAUUUCUGGUUACACUGUUAUUCAGAGAUUAGGCUCCAGAUUGUAUCAUGGAUAAAAUUAGUGGCAACGUGACCAUUGGCUUAAAUAAGACAACCGAUCCAAUAAUGAUUUUCAUGGUGAUCAUAAACAUCCUUUAAAAUAAAAAUCCUUAAUAUUGUAUCCGUGAUAUGUUUGGGUUUUUCAAAUCCUCACAGUAUCCUCUGUGAGCAUUGCAUGUUUCACAUCAGAGAACCUGCACAUGAACUGCGAGAGGGGCAAAUUCCUCCUCCUUUGGUUUCCUGUUCAAAAAAACAUGUGUGCAAACACUCAUUCUGUUGUCUUAAUUCAGUUUCAGUUUUGGGUCCUAAGUAUGUCUUGUGUAUCUGCCAGAAUGCAUAUAUAGAAUUACUCAGAAUUUGACAGUUCAGCCUGUGUGCAGUUUCAAUAUCUGAACAGGAUGUAAGGGAAAAGAUUGGGGCAGGUGUCUUGUUGCAGCUUUAAGUCAGCUUUUGGUUGGUUUCCAUAGAGAUAGCUUGAUAAUAGUCGUGUAGCAUCCAGCACUAAUUAUUGCACUGAAAGUGCUUCAAAGUCUUCAAAACUGUCUCCAUAACAACACCUUGGUAUCUAACAUAAUUAUUAAAUUUAUCGAGGAAGUGGAAUUAAGUGUCCCUGGCUCUUUAAAAAUACAACAUCAGUAGAAAUCCCUUAACAAGCUGAUACCACAUUAUGGUCACAUUGUGAUGAUAAGCAGUGUAUACAUUUGAUUAAUAAAUAUUUUAGAUUUCAUCUUGCUCAUACUAUUUAAACUAUCAAAAACAAUGUCUAAAAUUGUAAUGCAGCAUUUUUUUACAGCUCUCAGUGGAUUAACUGCACUCAGGCAUCUAAACAGAAUAUGCAGGAAGGCAGAACUACAUAGUGUGGCUAUGUACUGUUAGACAAAUAAUUAAACAACACGACUAGUUAGCAAUGAAUGUUUGUAGAGCAGCACCCUGGCUCUGGAAUGAGCUUCCCUUAAGCAGGUUCUGGCAACAACGGAAAACAUUCUUAUUUUACUAGGCCUUUGAGCAUUAGUGGCACAUUUAAUUUAUAUUGUCUUUCAGAUAUGAGAAAUACUGUGAGUGAGAUGGUUGGGUGCUGGUUUUAGAGGUUUUAGUGAUUUACAUUUUACUUUUAAUUACUGUGUUGCAUUUAUUGCUUGUUACUGGAUGUGUAACUCACCCUGCGACCUUAGGGUGAUUCAAUGAAUGAAUUAAUAAAAGUAGGAGAAAGUUGCCUAUGCAGACCACAAUUUAAAUGUAGACAAGAAGUGCCCAAGGAAGAGAAUGAAGAAAUACUAUUUACAUGGUAAUAUUGUGAGUUAAUGCAGUAACAUUAUUAUGGCUGAGUUACAGAACUAGGAUAGAAUAUAUUCCAGUCUUGCAUCAAUACUUCCUCCUUGCCCGGAUAUACAGUUAUACUUAAGGCAACAGUCUUUGCAAACCAGUUGAUUACAUUUCCCAGGUCCCAACACUUGCAGCCAUUCCAUGGUCCCAGGGCAUAGUAUGAAGGCAUAUGGUGCAGCAUUCUUGAUGUAGCCUAUCAGGUUUGAGAUUGGUCAGUACCUAGUUGGAAGAUCAACUGGGAAUCCUAGAUACACACCACACUGAGCCCCAUCAUGGCAAAAGGGCAGGAUCAAAAUGUAAUAAAUAAACUGGAAAGCAACUGGAAAGCAACCAUCUUUUCCUUUCCUAUCAUCCAUCAUUACUUCUUCCUUCCUUUUAGAAUAGAAUAGAAUCAUAGAGUUGGAAGGGAUCCUGAGGCUCAUCUAGUUCAACCUCCUGUAAUACAGGACUAUGCAGCUGUCCCUUAUGGGAAUCGAACCUGCAACCUUGGCAUUAUCAGCACCACACUUUAACCAGCUGAGCUAUCCAGCUGAUCUCCCAUGUCUAAGACUAUCACAUAAACUAUGUGAAAGAUCCAACCUGAGUGGCACAAAAUAAGAAAGAUGCUUACUGGUGAUCAGUGCCCAGUCAACCACAACCACAUCAAGUUAAAUAAACACGUCGUAGACCCAUAUCGCUUUUGGUUAUGCAACGCCACCUCUACCAACUCAUGCUUCCCACUACAAGAGGAAAACUGACUUCCAGGAUCUAUCAAGGCUAAAUUUAUCAAUGAGAAUUAUCCAUAUUUCUUUCCAUCCGCACCUUGGCAUUCCAAUGUUUUUAUUUAGUCUCUUUCUUAAGUGAUUUAUAUUUGGGAAAUUCUAAGCUGAACUAUGAUUCAUAAACAUAAUUUUAAAUGGAAGGGAAAGAAUAACAAGUCUUUGUCUGGGAAUAAUUUCCAUUGCUAAUUUGCAAGUACAGAUUCCAGAUGUUCAGUGACCAGAGCAUUGCAAAAUAUGCUUAUACAGAAGAUUUUAAAAUUACACCAUUUAUAUCAAGCAUCCUUCAAAGAGAGUACAAUUUCCAUUUUUAUAUAACACAAUAGUCUAAUAUUCCUUUCAAGAUCUGUUGUAUUUUGUUUUUUCUUUAUGGCUCUCAAAUCUUACACAGAAAUCUUGUCCUUCCACCCUGCAUCACUAAGUGCCAUUCCAGGUGGAGGGUUUUGAAAAUGGUGGAGUAGGUAGGAGCAUAUGGAAAUAUGGAUAAAGAUAAGACAAGGGAAGGCAGGUCAGAGACCUUUUUGGUGCCAUCUUUUCUUCUGGUAAAUGCAAGGUGGUUGGAGAGAAAUACCUGCUGAUAGUUACCUUGGCAUGUAUUACCAAGAUAAAUGAAACAUAUAGGGUUAAUUUGUCUUGGCUGUGUCCACCUAGGUGCUUGGUGUAACCACCACCAGUGUCUAAAACACUUUGAUACAGCUAUCAAAGAUACUGCAAAGCUCAAAAUAUACAUUAUGCACAAAUUAUUAUAGCAGUAGCUAGCGCAUUGUCUAUUUUAGAAAAUGAAGUCACUUCUGGUGAAGGAGCAGAGGGAGAGAGCACAUGACCCUUUCCCUCUCACCAUUUCCUUGCUCCAGCUCCCACUCACUGGAUUUCCCCCCCUGUGGAGUUUCAAAUGCAUGUUUUCCCUUAUUCUGAAGAAUUCUUAUGGGCAAAGGAACUGUGAUACACAAAGGGAGCUUCUUUGCUCACAAGAGCAUUGUUAUUCAGUUAGAGAGACCAGCCCAUUUGACACAUGCCAUCACUAGCAUUUGAGAAUGGACUGUCCUGUUGAGAGGAAGAGGAAAGCCAACAUCAUGCAAGUGAUCAUUCUUCCAUAUUUAUGCCAGACUUUCCCAAUAUGGUGCUCCACAGAUGCCAGUGAGCAUGACCAACAGUCAAGGAUUUUUAUUUGCAAAGGUUUCUAUACUUCUGAUUAUGCCAACACUGAAAAUAUAUAUAUAUCACGGUGGUGAAGAGUACAGUGGUCCCUCGGGUUACAUACGCUUCAGAUUACAUACGCUUCAGGUUACAGACUCUGCUAACCCAGAAAUAGUACUUCAGGUUAAGGACUUUGCUUCAGGAUGAGAACAGAAAUCGUGCUCCGGCGGCGCGGCAGCAGCAGGAGGCCCCAUUAGCUAAAGUGGUGCUUCAGGUUAAGAACAGUUUCAGGUUAAGUACGGAGCUUUAGAACGGAUUAAGUACUUAACCCGAGGUACCACUGUAUACAAAUCAUCAAUAAAUUAGAUUCACAAAACUAGUACAGAAUACAUCAUUUUAUAGUCCAAAACAUCUGGGGGGCACCAGGUUGGGGAAAACUGCCAUACACAUUGACUCCUGGCUUUCCAAACUAUCUUCUCCAGCAUGAUUUCAUAAAAUGCUUUUUAAAUGAUCAAUGUGCAAUUUCUGUAAAAAUCUAUAGAAAAACUUUACAACAUUUUAUCUCUUCAUAGAGGACUAAAAUGUUGAACAACCCCAGUUUUUGCUGUCAUUCCUUGUCCCUUUCUGCUAUAGUAAAAAUAACUUGUCGAUUUUCUUUCCAUUGCAUCAUCUGAGAAGCAGCAAAAACACGCCAAAAAGUGGCAGAAUCAAGACUUUAACUGUAUUAUUGUUGGGGCGUAAUCUGAAACAGCAUCAGCAAAGCAGUUUGCUAUCUGGCCUAGGAAUUGUUUUGUUUUCUAUGUUGUCCCAACGGAGUCAUGAACUAGAAAAUUAAAUUAUAAAUGGAAAAUUACCAUAGAUAAAUAUUCCCAAAUGUAUGGACAUAUUUGUGAGGACAAGCUAUUUUUAUUGAUGAAUGACAUAAAUAAUGCCUUUUUAAGAUUUCUUGUGCUGUUUCCAAGCCCACCUCCCUCCCAAACGAUUACAACUUGACUGAAGUAUGAUAACAAUUUCCCAUUUCACAACUGCUGACAAUUGUGAAGAACAUGCCGGCAUUUCAGUAAUUUGUUAAUAUUUAGUCAAGAGCUGAUUCCCCCCCCCAUGCUUUAAAACUGUCGGCUUAGAAUAGUGAGCAUGCCUGGAAGGCUAUAUGUGUCCCUCAGGCUGUUGAGCAUGAUGCCUAAAUGUAGCCUUCGUGUUCAGAGGUCAUAUCUACCACUCAAUACCAUCCGCUUUCACAGGAUUCUGGGUAGAAAUGAUGGGAAACCACAGAUGAUGGACUUGAUGGGUUUUUGGUCUGAUUGAGAAGGACGCUUUGGAGAUGUGGUUGUGAAUAGACCACAGCAUGUCGGGGGAACCUGUGGCCCUCAGAGGAUGUUGGGGUCCAACUCCAGUCAGCCGCAGCGAGCAUGCCAGUGGUCACAAAUGAUGGGAACUUAAGCAUCUGGCAGCCCACAUCUUUCCCAUCGCUGGACUAGAGGAAUUAGCUCACCUGUGCAGACACGAUAGCUAUUGUGCAGCUUCCUAAGUUAGUUCAAGAGAUUGCGCCUGCUUUACUACAGUUUUAUAAGCCUCAGCAAUUUUGUUGGUUUUGGGUUGUUGUUUUUUAAAAAAAGAUCAAAAUAUUAAUCACCACUGGUAAAGAAAUGGUUUGUAUGAUGAAAGCUGCUCUUGCAACAUCAUCCCUUCAUGUUCCCUAGCCUAUCAUUUUAAUUCCUAUUACAGUGGUACCUCAGGUUACAUACGCUUCAGGUUACAUAUGCUUCAGGUUACAGACUCCGCUAACCCAGAAAUAGUGCUUCAGGUUAAGAACUUUGCUUCAGGAUGAGAACCGAAAUCGUGCUCUGGUGGCGCGGCAGCAGCAGGAGGCCCCAUUAGCUAAAGUGGUGCUUCAGAUUAAGAACAGUUUCAGGUUAAGAACGGACCUCUGGAAUGAAUUAAGUACUUAACCCGAGGUACCACUGUAUUUUAAAAAUAAGGACUCUCCAGUCACGUUAAUGCUCUUUUCUAUAUCCUUAAAGGACAGCAAAACAUCAAGAUGCUCAGGAAUUAGAGGGGAAGGGGGAUAUUGCAAUUUAAUUCUUAAUGUUGGGAAUUUAGAGAUGAUGAGGGGACGCUCAAAGAGGGAAUAUAUUUUCCUUGGCUGUGUGUCUGUGAGUGUCGAUGCUGCUCUGCACCAUGUGACUUUUUCAGGCUGGGUCAGAAGUUAAUUGCUAUGAAAAUACAUUAAGGUUACUUUAUUUACUCGAGUUGCUUCUUAUCAGUGCUGCUUAGGGCUCUGAUGUCCAGCGCCUAUUGAGACCGGUUCAUGUUUUGCUUGUUUGACACAUGGCUCUUUCCUUUUCUUAGAUCUGCCAGAGUUCAUGUUUACAGCUUAAUGUGAGGGAAGGCCCAAGGGAAACGUGUAUCAAACUAAACUAGGGUGGAUGUGGUCAGUUGGUGGCAGCGUCACCUUCUUUCCUUGGCAUGUAGGCCACUACUAUGGCAGCAACCCAGGUUUCAGAGACCCUGAGAUCUUAUCGAUACUGUUGUUUAAUGUGGAUGGCAAACUUCCUGUACCUCCAUUAAUUCUCUGUUGUCUGUCUGAUGUUCUCCCACCAAUCAUUGCCUCCCCAUGUUUUCCUCUUCCUCAGUCUGAAUUUUCAGGGAUACACUGAGAAGAGGGUAUGAUAAAAUCUGGACUGAGAGGGGCGGAAAUGUAGAAAGACAGUGAUUUAGAGCAGAACAUCAUAUGGACAACAGAGAAUUAAUGUGGAUGCAGGAAGCUUACUAUCCCCAUUAAAUGACAGAAUGGGUGAGCCCUAAAAAACGUUAUUUAUUCAGAAAUCAUAAAUAAAAAUUUUAAAAAGGGGGAGAGAGAAAUGUAGUUCCUAAGGAAUGGUGUAGGGAGGGAAUUAUCUACCUGCAGCCACAGCAGCCAAGUAAGGUUAGGGAUUGAGGAGUGAGGCAUAAGGAAAUAAAACAAUUUCUUACUUCUAUUUGGAGAUACUUUAUUUCUUUCUGCCUUUUGUUUUGUUGUCCAGCCUGAGAGGGUGCUGUUGUGUCCUUGAGCUGGGGAAAAGCAUCAGCUGCUUGGGGUUCUGCCUUUGUGCUGGACUAUCAGCUUAAAAGGGAAGCCCUGGCAAUAUGCUAUGCCCACUUCUUUUAGGGCUGGUGUAUAAGGCCAGAGAGUCCCUCUGCCACCCCAGUGUAGCUGGGCCGAUAUCCUGGAAUAUUUCAAUGGUGACUUUGCCUGUAUUUUAGGUUUCUAACGUUCCGCAGUGCUUUGGAAAGAGUGUCUUUGAGCCUGUAGUGUUCAAAGCGAAUUACCACAUCUCCUGGGGCUCCCCAAGUUCUGCUUCUGCCUCCUGGAACCUGGUGAGCUCUUCUGAUGUCACUGAGGGACAGUGGUAUAUUUAAGUUCAGGGAGAGUAUCCAGUCAUUAAUGAAUUGCACAAUGUCCCCCACUUCCUGGUUCUCUGGAAUACAACCAUUUUUCCUCCUGUUGCUGUCUGGUUGUUCCUCCAGCUUCAUAACUAAAACUAGUCGUCAUUUGUAAGAGUUGGAUCUCAGAUUGGUUGGUUAGACUAAGAUUGUGGGCACAGCUUGUUUUUUUAAAAAAAUUAAUAAAUUGAUAUUUAGUUAGAAAGCAUAUCCAAUUUCUGCUCAAAUGGAGUUAGGGCUGUUUAUAGGGCCUGCCUUAUUUUUUUAAUGUACUCAUCUGAGUCUCUGCCCUCAUCCAUUGUGGCAGCUAUUUUCCCUCCUUUGGGGGCCUUCAUGUUGCCUUUAGGCUUGUGACUGUCAGUGUCUGAGGCCUCUCCUGAAGCCUCAGGCAGAGCUCCCUCUGUUUCUUCCUGAAGAACUAACUUGCAGAUUUGCUUUUUGGUCCCUGUAUUCCUUGGAUCAUCACUUUGCUGAGGCUUGUAUGAAACUUUUUGAUUAGAUGUCAAUAGGAUCCACUCUGCUUCGAUUUUGUCCCAGGGUGAUUGGAGACACAGAAUUAUGCCGCCAUUUAGCUUUCCAGCUAGCCAUGCCCCUAGGCAAACAGACCCAAGUGAUUAAAAGAGCUCAGGAUGUAGCUGGACUCUUUUGGAAAAUAACUCGGAGAACUGUGCCAAUCCGCCUCAGGAAAGCUCACCCAACGUUUUUGGUUUGUAGGGUGCUUUACAGUUCAAUAGCUUGAACAUAUUGCAAAAGCUCAAUGAACUUUUGUUUCAGAAUCUUAAAAUUGCCUUUUCCUUCCAGCGACACAUGGUAGCUUUUGUUUGUCUCGAGAGGAAAUAUGCCUUCCCUCUCGAGACAAACAAAAGCUACUAUGCGUCGCUGGAAGGAAAAGGCAAUUUUAUUUAAUUUUAAUGGAAGUUGGGGAUAUGGAAAUCUUAAUAUUUUAUGCAACAUUCGACAGUAACACAUAAAAUGGAUUUGCAAGUAAACAAGAUCAAAACCCAUCAGCAUCAUGGCACAGGCAGGUUUAAAAGAUGUACCGUCUGACAAUGAUUCCAACAAAUAGCUCUGUCAGUUUAGUUGAAUGGGUCCUUGUGGUCAGAAGGAUGCUGAUAGCAACUUCAACUUAAAAGGCAAAAUAUCUAAGCCAAUUUAAGCAAAAUUAGAAGAACAUUUGGCUUGAAGACGAGGAAAGUGGUACUUCGGUGUCCUGCAAGGUAAUGCCCUUCAAUUAUUUCCUUAAAAUGAUUAAUCUACAAUUGAAUCAGUUAAAGUUUGGAGCCCUGGUUUUAAAAAAGUUUUCUUAACUUUCUGUACUGUCCCCCCUCUCAAAAUAUCUCUUUCGAGUGUUAAUAUUCUUGCAAAUGAACUUACGGGAAGUUGAUGUAACAAAUCGCCAUCUUCCUUGUCUUUUCUAGGUUAUAACAGCUGCUCUAUCCCCAUUCUUCUUUGAGAUUGCAAUGAAUGUACCAACAGCCUGUUGGUAAGUAUUUGGGGGGGGGGGGGAAUAAAAAUUAUGGCUCUUCUGAAUUUGCUGUUGGAUUUCCAAAUUAUGUUCCUUAAUUUCUUCUGAUUUUAAACAAAAACAGUUAAGCAACACUUUGUACAAUAAGAAGAUCGCAGAGUAGUUUACAAUAUAUAAUCAUACUUACCAUAGUAACAAACAAUAUUUUCCCCACAGUUAAAAGGCCAUAGGUCUAGGGGAAGAGGAAUGUAGAAUGUGAUAGGACACAUCAAAAUGGCUACUUUGGGGAAGGUGCAUGGACUAUGCACAGCAAAGGAAUAACAGGAACACCUUUCAUUGGAUAGGAGAACAAUUGUACAGAAAUGCCAUUAGAUUAGCAAGGGCCUCAAUCAUUAAUAUAGAUAGAAAGAUGGUGUCUAAGGGUGAUGAGGAUAAAGGUUUAUAAAAUUAGGCAUGGAGUGAAGAAACUGGAAGAGGUUCCACACUCCUGAUCUAAAGUGAAGGUUUUCAAGCAGAGGCUGGACAGCUACCUGGUGAUGAUGCUCCAGCUCUGGAUUUUGUGCAUCAAGGUGAGAUAUCUUACAAGAUCUCCACAAAUUCUGUGAUUCUUGUUAGGGACAUUAGGUUUUCCAAGCAUCCAAGCAAGUGAACAGUUAAUUUCAAACUAGGGCUGGUAGCCAGUAUAUCUGCAGUGCUAUGAUAUGGUAUCAUGCAUAAGAUCUGCUGAAGUUCAAGUAAGUGUUCAUGGAAAGUUUGCAAUUGGGUCUUUCUCCAACAUCCUUCCCCACAAAGUAAAAUGGCAGUAGUUCUGAGCUAUCAUAUCUUUUAUUAUUCCGGGCUCAUGAGGAAUAAUGAUAUCAUUAUAAAAUGGUUUGCACCAUAAUGGUUAUGCAAGAGCUUGCCUUUUCAGGAGCAGUGGCACUUGCAUAAGUUGCAAAAACAGCCUGGUGGUGAAGCUAAGAGUUUAAAUGGAUGUAAUGCUAUUAAAAUCCAGACAGCUUUGCAUGGUUUGCCAUGUAAAAAUGCCCUCUUACCAAUAAAAACUACAAAAGUUUGUUUUAUUUAUAAAGUUCCAUAAGGAGCUUUGCUGUUUCAUAAACUAAGCCUUGUGGCUUAAAAUAUAAGGUCAUAACACUGAAUUGUAGAAAAGGAAAUGGAGCUGAGCCAGCAAUUUGUGGAUUCUUCUUGUUGAGUGACUUAAGAAAAGAGCUGGAGACACGACUUCCCCCUUGCUCAAGAUGAAUGAAGUGUGAGCUGACAUCUUUAGAAACAAGAGACAGCUCCACUGAACUCUGCUACCUCUGGAGCCCUUUGUUCAAGCUGUGUUGUUCGCAAGAUUAGUGCAGAGUAGGAAAUGUCAUUGCUAGAAUGGUGAUGGGAGAAGCGAGAAGCUGAGGAAGCGCCUUUGAUGAAUGUACUGCAUGGACCGUUGUGUCAUAGACCAGUCUGGCGGACUAUUGUAUAAACGGAUAGGACAUCAAAGUGAUCCAUCCAAUUAAGGUCCCAUUGUGAAGGUUACUUCCCAAGCUUUUCGUUCCAGAAAGAAUAACUGACCGUUGACUAUGCUGACUGGAACUGAUAGGAAUUGGAGUCCAACAACUGGAGCAGCAAAGGUUGCCUAUUCUUGGUGUGGUGCCUAGAUUGUUGUACUGGAUAGAUGUGAAUUCAAAUGCCAGCUCAGCCCCAAAGCUUGCUAUAUGACCUUGGGGCCAAUCUCUCUCUCUCUCUCUCUCUCUCUCUCUCUCUCUCUCUCUCUGUCUGUCAACCUAACGUGACAGAUGAGGAUGUUGAGGAUAAAGAAAAUGGGAUGCCAUGAAUGGUGCGAUAAAAUAAAAAAGAAUUCCAACAUGCUACAUUUCAAAUAGGCUCUACCAUUUCUCUUUUUUACUUUCUGCAAUGAUCACCAAGCAGUUUCCUUAUCUGUGAGCUAUUCAUAGAGCACAUGUGCACAUAGAUUGAGCCCUAGAAAUUAUUGUGUGUUUUCUCUGACUCCAAAAGCAUAAAGGCUUGGGUCCAAAGAACUACAUCAGGCCUCUCCUUUUCCUUCCUGGUGCAAAGAGCUACUCUUUAAGGGUCAGGGAACCCUCUGAAACAGUUUGUGAUAGGACAUGAGACAGGAUCUUCAGAGAGAUGAAUUGGGGACUGCAUUCCAGUGAGAGAUCAGAUCAUGAGAUGCUUUGGAUUCAAGCCACUAUGUUGACAUUGUGUGGAGAACAUCAGCUCUGAAGGCCAAAUGAGGCCCCUGGAUGCUCUCCAGACCCUCCCCAGCCUUGCUUCACCCUCCUCUAAUGUUUAUUUUCUGGCUGGACUGUGUUCUGGAACCGAUAAGGACUCUUGCUACUGCAAAAAUGUAAAAUUUACAUUCAUUGCUCCGCCCACCACUGGGGAUGUUGGUUCCAAAAGGCUGUCCAGAAGGAGAUGCAGCCUUUUAAAGAAGAGCAUCAUAUGUAACAUUAAAUCAUGGUUAUUGCCACGUGCUGUUUUAGUUAUUGAUGUUUGCAUCAGGCUUUACAGUGUAGUAGACAACAACUGUGUGAUGUAGCAAUUUUGUGUAUGGUUAUGAUCUCUCUUGCAGCAGGAUUUGACUCAGUAGAGAGAUUGAUGUUGACAUGGAAACAUAUAGGUGCAGGCAUGACAAGUACUUACUUUGUUAUCCCCACAUCAUACUUAGAGCCAUAAGAGAGUAAUUACUUUUUUAAAAAAAGACCAAUUCCUUGAUCCAAACCAGUUAUUCAGAAUUUUCCUAGGUUAAUCAAGAUUCAUCCAUCAGGCACUGGGAGGACAAGUGGUAUUCUAGAAGGAAGUAGCGCCCUAACUGUAACAAAGACCACCCCUUCCCUCUUCCAAGAGUGUUAAGGUUCAUUAAAUCAAUAAAAAUAGUUCAUAGAGCUUUGUGAUAGUUAGAGAGGACAGGACUGGAAGAAAAUCCAGAGCGUUAUCAGAGGGCAGAGGGUGCAGCAUUAAUAGUCAAAUAACAUGUGGAGGCCCAAGAAACUCUGGGGCCCAGUGCUUGGAGUACCUUCUACAUGUCAAACAACCUUGGCCGCCAAAAUGUUCCUUUUCCCCAUGCAGUUCAGCCAUGCAUGUAUACAAUUGCUUCUGGUAUCUGGAAGGCUUCAAUGGAAGGUUCCACAAAGGUGCCCUGACAGCCAUGGUUCUCCUAAGUGAGGGACCAAGUUCCUGUCAUCUUGAGGAACCAGGGUUAAGCAACUGGGAUGCCAUCAUACUCUCAACAAAUUACCAGUGGUUGUUAUUCCACUUACUAUGGUUGUUAUUAUAUUACUUAAGGAACUGAAGAAAUAUCUCAGCAUGAAAAUUACCGGCUAUUUUGGCAAUGCCAUCCUGUUCAGUGAGUUUCCUAUGAAUUGCCCAAGUGAAUCUUUGUUAAUAAAGCUUCUCCUCUGCUUUCUUUAACAGUCUUUUACUUGGUGGAGUUGCUGAAGCCUCACUGCUUUACAUCGAAAGGACUGGCAUAUAAAUAUAUAAGGAGAAAUUAUGAAGAAGAGAAUAACCAAGCAUUCCCAUCAGGGGUAAUAGUCAGUGACUGAAAAAUCCAAAGCAACAGCAGUGAAGAUGUGCAAACUGCAAGUGACUUAAUUCCACAUUCUUCUUUCUUCAGAGCCAUAAAAAUGUUAUUAAUAGCAGUGCAGAAAGUCAGGGCUCCAUUAACCUUUAUACUAGCCAGGCUAAACUAAAUUGUGCAGUCUCAACUAGAUCCACUACCGUAAAACCAUCUGGGCAUGCACUGCUGUAAGAAAGGUGCUUAUCCUGCCCCCUUUCCAACCUUACUUCGAGUUCUGCACCAUUCAGAAUUUGACGGCUGUCCCUUUAUCACAAUAUAAAUUAUAGGACCGUAGUCUCACUUGUGAAGGGAGAAUGGACAAGCUUCUUGGUCUGUGGCAGAUUUCCAGGUGCAUUUGGGCACAGGGAAGACUUGGUAGUAUUUUGUGCUCAGUCUGGGACAUGCAUUGCCCAAGGGGUGUGCUUGCUGCUUCCUUGCUCUCCCAUCAUACACAACUCAAGUGAAACAUGAAGAAACAAAACCACGUGAGUCUGCUCAGAAAGAAGACCUGUUUAAUGGGAUUUGCUCCUGUGUAAAUGCGUAAGGGUUGCAAUGUGAAUCCCCUGCGGAAAUCUGUUUGUAUGUGCAUGCAGAGGAAGAGGGCACACUUUCUAUGUGUUCUUGAGUGUGGACACAGACAAGCACAAUGUCCAACAGCGCAAUCGGACGUGUCUUUUCAGAACCAAAUCCUAUUGAAUAGUUGUGUCAUGAUUGCAGCAGGAGGUGGCUGAUUUUUGUUCCAUGAUUAUAAGCAAUUCCUACUGAGCCUUAAGCAUGACCAUUCUGAAGAUUGGCACUUGGGAAUAUCUACAUGAAAGCACAAGCAAAGCGACUGUUUCUGCCGUACCUUGCAAAUAGUACCAGUUCUGCAGGCGUUCUUGUCAGAGUUUCCAUUCAGUUUAAGGUUAUCAACCAGGUAGCUGAUGAUCCUCCACUGAUGUAUAGCACCAGAACAGCUGUAUUCUUUGUGGAACACUUCUUCUGUAUGUUUUUUUAAACAAAAUAGGCUGAGUGACCUUAUUCACUGUGAAAAUAAUACUGUAACCAGCAUAGAUUUGGUAUACCCUCUUAUAAGAUGGAAGUAUCACAUUCAAUUAUUCUGUCUGCAUAAAAAAGCUAAGAGAUGUUUAGUUCAAGCUUUGGACUGCCCCCCACCCCCACUUACCCCAAAUAUCUGAAAACCAGAAACCACAAUCUGAUGUGUGUUCAUGGACGCUGGAAAGCUCAGCUAAUAGAAAAGAGUACCUUGAAGUGAUAACUGAUUACCACAAGGCCAUGUUGAAUGUAAAAUAACUGAGUAGUAAAUCUUAUUUGCAUUUUUCAAUGUGUCUCUUUUCUGUCUUAUAUUGUUAUCUAUUAUACACACACACAAAAGCAUUUACACAUCUUAAAUUCCAAUAGGUGCAAUCCCUACAAGUAUACAGUACAGUGGUACCUCAUGUUAAGAACUUAAUUCGUUCUGGAGGUCUGUUCUUAACCUGAAACUGUUCUUAACCUGCGGUACCACUUUAGCUAAUGGGGCCUCCCACUGCCGCUGCGUCGCUGCUGCGCGAUUUCUGUUCUCAUCCUGAAGCAAAGUUCUUAACCCGAGGUACUAUUUCUGGGUUAGCGGAGUCUGUAACCUGAAGCGUCUGUAACCCGAGGUACCAUUGUAUACAGUUUAUAAUGCAAAUCUAUAUAUGGCUCCUUGGAAGUAAAUCCCAUUGAGUUCAGUGAGGCUUACUCCUGGGUUAGCAUGCAUUUGAUUGCAGCCUCAAUCUUUGCUAUGUAUUUGUAAGUAUACUGACCUUCUUUUGUCGUUUCCUCUGCAACUUUGUUUCAUUGGAAUAUAGGCAGUUUCCAUAGCAAUGUUAGCCUUCUGCUCUCUCCCACUCCCAGCCUUUUGGUUCUGGACAGCUGCCCCUUCAAGGGCAUUCAGAUGCCAUUAUCGCUCUUCAUAUCGUCAAAAGGGUUGAAUUAUGUACUUUUUACUCAGUCAUUAAUCAAAAGCCUAAUGCAAAGCAAAAAUAAAUAAAUAAACCCCU